CAUGGAUGCCGAAAAUUUAAUUUCGUUAGUUCAGCAACGGUCUGUGCUAUGGGACAAAUUUAGUGAUUCAUACAAAGAUAGGAAUGCUACGAAAAGUGCUUGGCAGGAAGUUUGCGCGGAAUUAUUUCCAGACUUUCAUGCUUUUAAUGACAGCGACAAAAUUUCGAUUGGUAAAGAAGUAAUUAGGAAGUGGACGAAUAUGCGGGAUUCGUUCUUAAAAUACAGAAAAAAAAUUAAAGCAAGCAAAUCCAGUGGAUCUGGGGCAUUGCAAUAUAAAAAAUAUAUAUAUAGUGAUCAACUACAGUUCUUGUGUAAAGUGUGUGAUGAACGAGACACUGUCGAUAGUAUGGGACCAAUCCAGACACAGGAUGGAGAAGAAGCAGAAAGCAUGAAUGUGCAAGACUUCACAGAAAACUCGAGUGCGUCUGCUUCAUCGGAAACGAAGAAAAAUAAAACAAAAGGAAAGCCACUUGAUGAAUUCGAAGUGAGAAUUUUGAAAGCAGUAGAAGGAGAGAAGCCAUGUGGUAAAAUGGCUUUCUUACAAAGCCUUAUGCAUCAUCUUAAAAAAUUCAAUGAUGAGGAUUUCCUACAGUUUCAAUUGGGAAGUUUAAAACUGAUAGAAAACAUUAAUGAAAAAAGAAAAGUACAGGAUUCUUCACUAAUUGACUUCUCUCAGAACCAAAAUUCAAUUUAUUUUCCAAUUCCAAUAGCAUCCUCAGAUGCAGACAGUGUUGAUUCUGAUACAAGCGAAACUGACCAUGUAUAG